AUGGAAAUUAUCGGCUUGUUCAUGAAGAGGUGCAUGGGUGCCGGUAUAUUUCAAGGAUUUAAUCUUCCUAAUGACGGCCCAAUUCUAUCCCACUUAUGUUAUGCUGACGAUGUCCUAUUCAUAGGGAGUUGGACGGAUAAAAAUGCGGCUACAUUGAAACGUCUUCUUCGUUGGUUAAAUUUGGUUACGGGGCUUAAAGUUAAUAACCUUAAAAGCAAAUUGUAUGGUUUUGGGGUCAAUGACGGAGAAAAGUUGCGGAUGGCUAGCAUCAUGAACUGUGAAGUCGGUCAAAUGCCUUUUACGUACCUUGGUAUUCCUAUAGGCGUUAAUAUGAAGAGAGCGAAGUUUUGGGAUUCAGUGGUGAAAAAAUUUACAGCGAAGCUAUCUAAAUGGAAGGCCAGGUUUCUUUCUUUUGCUGGUAGAGUUACCUUGGCCAAAUCGGUUCUGGGUAGUCUACCGUCGUACUUUCUUUCUCUUUUUGCUGCUCCGAAGUGCGUUAUUAAUAAGCUAGAGAGGAUACACAGAGAUUUCGUUUGGGGUUUCACCGACUCAUCAAAAAAGCUUAUAGAUGGGUCCGCUGGGAAGGCCUUAUGA